AAAUAAUGACCACAAAAAAUAGUGUUGAGUCACGAUGACUCAUACAACAGGUCGGUCCACCUCUUGAAGUCAGGAUAUAUAAACUCAGAUUUUUUGGUCUGAUGACAGAGAGCUGCAGACUUCCAUCAACAAAGAAAGUUCAUACUCUACUUGAAACAACGUUCGAACCAAACAUGAAGUUUGGGUUGCUGGUGGUGUUGGCGGUGGCUGUCGUGGUGCCCAGCCUGACCGAGGGCCGGACCGUCUCCAGAUGUGAGCUGAAAGAAAAGCUCGGACAGGCGAUCACGCUGCCCCCAAAGCUUCAAAAGUUCAAGGAUGAAUACCUGGCAAUAGUAAUCUGUGAGGUGAACAGGCUGUCCCGUCUCAACACCAGCCUGGUCAAGGUGCUCGGCAAACGCCCAACUACAACCACAGCCACGGCAGCAACUACCACUCGAAAGACUACCACCCAACCAACAACCAACCAAACGACUACCACCCAGCCAUCCAACCAAACAACUACCGCCCAACCAGCUACCAACCAACCGACCGCCAUCCAACCGAAUACCACCCAACCAAUCCCAACAGAUGCCACAAUUUCAAACCUUAACAGAAGUAGGCGCGGGCUGAGCAGCGAGACAGAGCAGCGUGUCAACGGCAUGGUCGACGAGGAUGGAGACAAGGCCAAAGACAGCGAUGAGAGGGACGAAGACGAGGGUGAAGACAGCAAUGAGAAGGACAAAGACCAGGCUGAGGAAGGUGGGAAACGCAAGAAGAGAUCCAAAGAGAACCGAUCCAAAAAGGACCGAUCCAAAGAGGACCAAUCCAAAGAGGACAAAUCCAGCGAAAAGACCAAGCAGCAGUCUCUCGGCCUUUACGGGAUCUUCCAGCUGUCUGACGAGACCUUCUGUAAUUCCGGUUAUCGCUCCUCCAAAAACAAGUGCAACACAACCUGCAAUGCCUUCAUCGAUGACGACAUUUCGGACGACAUCAGAUGCUUCGUGAAGACUGACCAGUGGGGGUUGUUUUUGAAGUCUGCCUCUCGCGAGUGCCGUUAUUUCACCAAGACCUUCUUUGCCGGGUGUUAAUAGGCAGCCGACACGUUUUCCACCUGUUGCUGAAGCUCACGCCAACUAUCACUCUUCUACCUUCAAUGUGACCUUUGACCCUCACGGUUUCAUCUCAAACACUGUGGAGCAUGUCACGGUUUUCCAUUUUAAUUAACCUGUGAGAUUUCUAGAAUAAAGUUUUGUUUCGGUUCCUUUGUGGGCGGAGUCUCCCCCAAAAAUCACUAGAACUUAAAGUUGAACUGACAAAUGUAUCUCAGUAAUUUCAAUAGUUUUGUUGACAUUGUUUUACCACUUUAAUCUACUUUAAAGCGAUAAUUUCAAGAUGUGAAAGCUAAAAAAGUUAUUUUUGCAUUUUAUGCUAUCUGUAACUUUCCAAUAAACAUAUUUUGAAAU